AUGGCCGCCGCGCCCUCCAUACCCCCCGGCCUAACCCCCGGGUGUAUAUACACCGCGCAAACCCUCAAGGGCCUCCCAGACCCUUUUGCUGACCACUUUGGAGGGGGCCCCAGCAGCAGCUGGCAGUACCAGGGGGGCCCCCCUUUAAGUGGGCUUGGGGGGCCCCUGGGGGGCCCCCUGGGGGCCCCCUGCGACAGCAGCAGCGGCAGCAGCAGCAGCAGCAACAGCAGCAGCAGGUCCCUGUGGGGCCGCCCGCGCCCCUCGCUGCACAGCAGCGAAGAGAGCCUGUGGGGCUCUGUCUCCGACCGCUGCAGCGAGCAGCAGCAGGAGCAGCAGCAGCAACAGCAGCAGCGGCAGCAGCUGCUGCUGCAGUUGAGACAGAAGCAGCAGCAACCCUUUUUGGAAAUUUCGGAAGCAGAUAAAGAAGCAGCUCGAAUUGGGCUGUAUCUACAGCAGCAAGCUGUGGAGCCCGUGCGGCCCGCAAACGCCCGGCGCAGCCCGAAGCAGCAGCAGCAGCAGCAGCAGCAGCAGCAGCAGCGGCUGCAGCAGCAGCAGCAGGCGGAGGCCGAGGCGGAAGCAGCAGCAGCAGCAGCAGCAGCAACAGCAGCAGCAGCAAGGCCCCCCGCGCUGACGGCGACGCUGGUGCUGAACGCGCGGACGCGGCAGCUGGAGCUGCGGGCGGGCAGCAGCAGCAGCAGCAGCGCAGCAGCAGCAGCAGCAGCAAGCAGCAGAAGGGGCUUCAAAACCCCACAAGAGGCGCAGCAGCUCGCGCUGCUGUGGGAAGCCUUCAGCCGCAGCUGUCGAGACACCUCAGGCUGGCUGCGAACAGCAGAUUUUGUUUGGAGUCUUCAAAGAGAUAAAAGAAUUCAAUUAAUUUUUGGAAUUAAAAACAAACAGCAGCAGCAGCAGCAGCAGCAGCAGCGGGGGGCUGCAGCAGCAGCCACCAACUGGCUUCGCGCGCUCUUCAGAAACAGAGACGAGCCUUUGCAGCUUGCCCCCGAAAGCGAGCCCAAAAUGAGGGCCCUUUUAAAUGCUGUGCGGCUGGCGGAGUCGCAGCUGAUAAGCAACGAGCGGGCUGUGGACGAUCUCAAGAUCACAUUCGAGACCUUCGCUACAGUCUUCGCCAAAUUCUUAGGCGACUCAAACCCUGCAGAAUGGCCACAGGGGCAGACCAACUCUGUCGAGAUCUUUGCGGAAAAAGACCCUCCUUUUGGCCAAAGUGUCGCCGAAAUGCUUCUGCGGGAUUCUCUGCUGGGCGUGGGCCUGACGGCCAGCGAAUGCAUAGCCCCCAAUGGCCUGCGCUUUGGCUCUCUUAACCUGCUGGAGCCGCCGCAGCUUUCUUUAGCAGCAGCAGCAGCGGCAGAAGAAGAAGCAGCAGAAUUAAAAGCUGAAAAAAUUAAAAUCAAAAAAGGAUCCAGACGCACGCAAAACGCUGUAGAAGAAAGGCUGCGAGUCGAGGCGGAGAGAGUCGAACUGGAGCUGCUGCAGCAAGCUGCAAGAAAAGAAUCCUUAGAGAGGAGUUUGAUGCAGGAGGAGCAGCAGCUGCAGCAGCGGCUGCAGCAGAUCAGCAGCAGCAGGGACGCAGAAGCCUGGCGUCUGAGGUCUGUCCCCAAGUUCAGGCCAAGCAAAGAAGCAGCAGCAGCAGCAGCAGUGCGAAAAGCGCAGCGCGCAGACGCGUAUGAUAAGCCAGCAGCAGCAGCAGCAACAGCAGCAGCAAGGGGCAGCAGCGAGAAGGCCACGGUAGCCCCUAACGUCCGUGCUGCAGCCGACCGACUGCAGCAGAGCAGCAGCAGCAGCAAAAGCAGCAACAGCAGCAGCAGCAUCAGCAGCAUCAGCAGUGUCGCCAGUAGCAGCAGCGAGGAGAGUUUAGGUGGCAGCAGCAGCAGCAGCAGCUUCAAUAGCAGCGGCAGCUCAUCGAGUCAGCAGCAGCAGAAACAAAAGCAGCUGCAGAAACGGCAGCAACAGAGAGAGCAGCAGCAAAAGCAGCGGCAGCAGCAGCAGGAAGAAGACCACCGCAGCACUUCAGCGUCGCUGCUGCUGCAGUCUAUUGCAGCCCUCAAAGCAUCGCGUAGACAGCAGCAGGAGCAGCAGCAGCAGCGACAGCAGCAGCGGCAGCACCGGCAACAGCAGCAGCAAAAAAGCAAAAGCUGCGCUGCGCUUCCGCCUGCCGCCAUUUUGAAGAAACUGGGCAUGACUGUGUAG